CUCUCCCUCUUCCCUUUCCUUCCUCUCUGUCUCUCGUGCCCCGAAGCUUCUCUGAUUCCAGACGCAACCAGAGAGAGAGAGAGAGAGAGCGGGGUGAGCAGCGGCCCGCCGGAGAUCGAUCAAACCCUAGCUAGGGUUUGAGGCGCCGGGCGGCGGCGGGGGAGAUGUCGACGCCGGCGAGGAAGCGGCUGAUGCGGGACUUCAAGCGCCUGCAGCAGGACCCGCCCGCCGGGAUCAGCGGCGCGCCGCACGACAACAACAUCAUGCUCUGGAACGCCGUCAUAUUUGGGCCAGAUGAUACGCCGUGGGACGGAGGGACGUUCAAGCUUACCUUGCAGUUUACAGAAGAUUAUCCAAACAAGCCACCAACUGUUCGGUUUGUCUCUAGGAUGUUUCACCCAAAUAUAUAUGCAGAUGGAAGCAUCUGCUUGGAUAUCCUACAGAACCAGUGGAGUCCUAUAUAUGAUGUAGCUGCCAUAUUGACUUCUAUUCAGUCCCUGCUGUGUGAUCCAAACCCAAACUCUCCAGCAAACUCAGAAGCUGCCAGACUGUUCAGUGAGAACAAGCGGGAGUACAACCGCAAAGUCCGCGAGAUCGUGGAGCAGAGCUGGACGGCCGACUAGUCCAGGGUGCCCGGGCUGCACCUGGAAGGGUGCAAUAAGCAAGAACAAAAAAAAACCCGGUUGUGUUUCUGGCUUGCCAGACUUGUCGAAACAUUGAAGAACUCCCGUGAUUGCCUGUAGUCCAUCGUCGUCGUGGUUUUUGUGUCCCGAUCCAGAGCCCCGGUUGCUCAUGGUGGUGGCUGUUUUAAUGUAGCGGUGCUGUUGACCUACCUUGCUCAUGAAUUAAAAAGGAUCCUGGUUGUGUACAGUAUAGCGUGGGAAUGGUUGUUUGCCGGACUGCUGAAAUAUCGCUGCCCUUGCAUUGUGGUUU